AUGAGCAGAUUCCUCACAGGAAUCAAUGGAGACCUGGAGGAAGAUUGUCGGGCUGCGAUGCUCCAUGAUAAUAUGGACCUUUCUAGAUUAAUGAUGCAUGUCCAGCAGGUAGAGGACAGCCGAAAGAGGAGAGGUGUACGUGAUGUUAGGAGGCCUAGGCCUCAAGAUCAGGCAGGUCCCAGUCAUGGAGGCCAUAGAAACAAUUUUAGCGUCCGCGAGCAGCCCAAAUUCAAGAAGGGGCAACAGAGUGCUGGAAAUUCUGACCCUCAGAGAAAUACAACGCCUAGAGGAGGCAGACCCGAACCCAAGAGGGGCAAUGGAGGUGAGAUGCAGCGUCCAAGGAAGACUUGUACUAAGUGUGGCCGAAUGCACCUUGGAGAAUGUAGACAGGGCACUAAUGCCUGUUUCGGUUGUGGUAAGAGUGGACACAUGGUCAUAGACUGUCCCCAGAACAGAGGUCAGGCUGGGGGUAAUGCUCAGCCUAGGCCUACCCCACAUAAUGCAGCAGCAGCCGAACCUCCGAAGAUGAACAGAUUUUAUGCCUUGAAAGCCAUUAUGCUUGCUUGGACUGUCGUAGUAGAGUGGUGA